AAAGAACCGUAGAAAUGAAAGGGAGGUGGACAAGUUCCACUACGGUGUUGCAACACGUGGGAAAUUUCUUCAUGGCUGCGCCAACUAAGAAUUCGCACAAUGAAAAUUAUCGUGGGAGAUGGUGAAGGCUGAGAAAUCUCUCCCCUCUAGUAACAAGCAGGGGACACCUUGAAUGUUUAUUAUGAUAUCAGUGACAACUGCGACUACGAACAGCAAGCGCACGAAAAUAAUUUCAAACAAGAAAUCGCUCGAUCAAUAGAAGAACCAUGAAACAAAGAAGUUUAGCUGGAAAUUGUGCUAUUGGAGUGUUCGUGAUUACACUGGUAUGUGUGUUUGUGUCAUUCUGCGCCCCAGCGUGGCUUGUGAGCGACUACCGCAUCACAGGGGCCAAGCUAGACAAACUGGGGCUUUGGUCGCACUGCUUCAGGUCCUUGGCAGACCCCAGUGAUGAAUAUCAAAGAAGAUUUUUUGUUGGUUGCCGCUGGGUAUAUGAUCCUUUCACUACUGGAUAUGAUGAGAUAAGAGGAUUUCUUUUACCAUCAUUCAUGAUUGCUACACAGUUCUUCUUUACAUUAUGUUUCCUGUGUGUGCUGGUAGCAGCCAUUAUGGUUUUGGUAUUUUUCUUGUGUUUUGGACCAGACCAGAAACACUUCAUUCUUCUCAUCAGAGUAAUUGCUGCACUUCUGUUGUUUGCUGGUUUCUCUGGUGGCAUCGCAGUCAUCAUAUUCGCAUCGCUGGGCAACGGCAAGGGGUGGAUGCCUGAGCAGGAGAACAACUACCUGGGGUGGGCCUUCGGCCUGGCCGUGGUGGGGGUUGUAAUGGCGUUCAUAUCUGGGACGCUGUUCGUUGUCGAGUCCGUCGUGCAGCAGAAGAAGAAGAAGUACCUCAAGGAGUCCCAGACAAGAUUUGAAAUGGAGCACGAGACCAAGGCUUGAGCCCCAUUUACUUCAGUUGUUUCAACCAUUAUCCGUCCAGUUUCAGAUCUGAUCACGUUUGUUAGUCUUUCAUCAACAGGUCUGAAGAGUCAAAUACCUAGAUAGCAUUACAUAAUUUUACUGUGUUUACACAUGUAACACAUUUGUUUAAAAAUGUCUCUCAGGAAAAUGUUGAGUGUACAGAAUCUAUGCAGGGUUUGGCAUUCUAUAGCAAUUGUGUUUUAUAUAUUAUAUGUAGAGAGCUACAACCAUGCAUCUACCGUUUUGUGUGAUGUUAAAAUGUCAACUAGACCAAAAAAAAAAAUGCUACGUAACUUAUAUCAUCAUCCUGUUUGAGUGAUGGUACUUUGUUUUAUAUUGUGAUCGCAAUACUGUUUUGUUUUAUUUAUAGUUCUUUGCUCCACAUAUUAGUAUUUAAUUACGUACCUAUAUCAAUUUCAAUGAUAGAUUAGUCAGCUUUGUAGUAUAAAGCGUCAGCACAAUUUGCAGUUUUUAUGAAGUUCAAUUGUAGACAGUAAUUAGCCUUCAAGUAUUUAUUGAUUUAAGGUAUUUAGUACAGAUGUUUCAUUACAUAGCCCUUUUAUGUAAUGAUCUGAUGCCAUAAAAAAAUCAAGCAAGUAUAUAUCCAUAGUUGGAAGUUUAUUUUUUAAUGUCUACAAUAUUUUGGUCAAUAACCCACACCAACAUUUAGUUAAAUGUUAAUCCUUUAUUUUGAUUUAUGUGCAACAAGCAGUUUAGGAAGUGAUGCAUCACAAAUUCACUAUUUUGUCAACAAAGUAACAUCCAGAAAUUAAUGCAUAUUGUUUUUUACUUGUGUGGAACCAAUAGGGUUGUUUUAUUUUUAUAUUUCCUAGUCAUUUUGUUGGCCUUAAAAGCAUAAAGAACACUAGGUAGUUGCACAACAUUGCUAUAGGGUUUACAUUAGUCUUUUUGAAAGUUUCAGAGGCAGCAUUAUUUUAUAGGUAUAUAUUUUAUUUAUUUAGGUAUUACUGCUUUUAAAAAAUUGAAUAAUACAUUUAAAAAAUACAUAUAUGUUAAGAAGUCCUGAGAGGUGUAUUUUGUUUAAAAAAAUUUUUUUUAUGUUUCUUUAAAUAUGUAUGUUGUAAACAUGUAAUUGUGCACCAGUUAAGACUUAAAUGUAUUGUUUCCAUUACCUUGGAGAUUUUUCAGCAGUUUCUCACUUAUAUAAGACUGCCAAUUGUUUUAAUUGUUGUCUUCCAUAAAUUUACAUAGCACAUAAGGGUCAGAGAAGUCACUUAAACAGAUUUUGUGGUUAAUAUUUUUUUUGCAAACUCCGCCUCUACCAAAAUAUGAACACUUGACUUUAUUUCUUUCCACAUUUUUUGCAUUUAAUAAAACUUACCUAGUGGAAACUACUAGCGGAUUCUUACGAAUUAAAUUUGUACUUCAACCACAGCAGUGGAAAAUUUGUAUGAUAAUUUAUUUCCCUUUUUUUUUUGCUUCCUUUAGUUUAUUUCUGUUUGAAUUAAAUUUAUCUAAUUCAGUACAGUUAAUUUGUAUUAAAUAAACAACUUUUAGUUAAUUAUUUCUGAAUCUCUUGGCACUGUUGAGAUAACAUCAAAAUAUUUUUAAUAGUAAAGGGACUGUUACUUUAGUUGAAAUAAUUUGUUGUACAGUCAACUUUUCCCUUAAAAUUGUCAUUUCAUGUGUACUGAGAAAUUUUUUUGUACUUGCAUAUUGUAAAUAUGCAAAAUGGAUUUAGUUUAGUGAUAAAAUUUUUGGCAUCAAAAGAACUGUCUGCAUCGAACAUCUUGGUGGUUAGCCCUUCUAGUUGUCGACAGUCUGGUAAUCAAACUGCUCGGCUCGAGUAGCUAAAAUUCAAGAUGACCUGACUGCUGUAAAAAAAUCUUACUACUAUUUAUCGCCACGAAAAUUUCCUGCAGUGGCUCAUGUAUAAUCCUGUAGCAUUGGUAAAUAUGAUCGUAAUAGGUGAUAACUGGAGACACCUGUAUGUUGAUUAGUACAGUAAUUACAAUUUCAUUGGCUUAGUUAUAUGCAGGAAAGCAUCUAAUACCAACGUUUUCUAACUUCAUGGUGUAAACAAAGUUUCUGCGCCGGCAUUAUGCUGCAUGAGCAGCAGCUCAGCUCAUGUCCCAUAAUCUGCAUUAUCACCCUCCAUGGCAUUUGGUGCAGACAGCAUAUUAAUAUUGCAAAUGCUGAGUACUACUUGUUUUAUACAUAUGACUCUAGUUCUGCUUGGAAGUAAACAAUUUUUUUUAAAGGGUUAUAAAGGAAAUGUGCAUAUAAUAUUUGUGUUAGAUGAGAGCAGAAUUUUUAAUGUGAGAAACACUUUUUUAAUGCAAGAUAAUUUUAUUCUUGAAGAUGUAAGAUAAUUUACUACAAGCUAUGGUUUAUUAUUAUUAUUUUUAUGUUUAUGACAGUAGCACAAAUGUUUGAUUUUGUUAUUUUGUUAUUUUGUUAACAGCACAUGUUUGAUAUUUUUGAAUUAUUGUUUGUACUGUAGAAUGUUGAAAAAGAGAUAAUUAGGUUAGUAAAAAUAUGUUAAGAAGUUUUUCAGGAGAAUUGAAUCUGUAUUAUUUUUUACAAGAAUUUUUUAAAGGGGUUUAAAUAAUUUGUAAUGUUUAUUGGUCAAGUGCAAAAUGAUUUAAACCUGUUAAGCAGAAAAACUUCUUUAGGUAAUAGUUUCUUAACAAGGUUUCACUGUAUGCAGUAACUGUUAUUGUUUCAUAAAUAAGUAAAAGGAACAGCACAAAGACAAGAUGAAAGAAUUAACGUGCCUUUUUUACUGACUAGCAAAAAUAUUUGUACAUUUUUUACACAAUGUACAAACUUUUCCACUUAACAUUCCAAGACAUUUUAAUGAAGUACGUAUGUGAUGUAUGUGAACCUUUUAUUUUGGAAAUAAAGAGUUUCAUAUUUUAAAAUUAAAUAAAAUAUUAUUUUAAUUCACUAUGUAUUUUGAGUAUUAGUUAACAUAACAGUAUUUUGAUUUGAACUUCAAUAUACUGCUUUGCUCCUGGGAACUUUUCAGUAUGCACUGGCCAGAGGGUUUUAGCUCACUUGCCUAGACUGCUGCUAUUUGCAUCAGAAUAGCAGCUGUGAGGUGCCGAAUGUAGGAGCUCCAGCGAGUUGUUGCUUCCCGUGUCCGACAUGCUUAUCCGUGACAGCCGAGCAGGACAAUUGCACUGGCAGGUGAGAUUUAGAGUUAUGGAUAUGCUGUCUGGCAUCAGGGAAAACUGGGUGUCUUCAGGGAAUUUUAUAUUUGUGAAAAAACUGUGGAUAAAUGUACGUCGGGUAAUGGAAUUGAAACGGAAUGGUUAGGCAAUGGUUCAUGCUGUAUUGCUUAUUUAUUCAUUGUGUCAUGCGUAUUGUAUUUAGGUUCAUUCUUUAUUGCAAUGAUGCGCAGAGAAGUAUUUUUGGCGUGUGGGGCUGAAUUCUGUGAUGGUGCCUCAGAGUGCGAUGUAGGCAACAGCACUUCGUACAUAGUUUCUAGUGUUUUUAUUGCUGUAUAAACAGUUUAGUCACCACACUGAAGAUCUACAUUUAUUAAUUAGGUAAUUAAUUAAAUUAUUGCCUAUGGCAGUGUUAGAAAUUGGUGCAAAACUUUAUUUUGCUCCCUAAUGUACUCAAUCUCACUGUCUUUCUCGAGAGUGAAAAAGCGAGGGGGGGGGGGGGAAGAGAGAGAGAGAGAGAGUGUGUGUGUGUGUGUGUGUGUGUGUAGUGUGCUCUUGUUGACACACACAUGAACACACACACAUAGGAUGGAAAUAUUAAAUGUUUUUUUGUAGUGAAAUAUAAAAGAUAAUCUAGAAGUACAAAAGAAUAUCAAUUAUUUAAGACUAAUUAUUAAAAAAUUCACCGAAAUUUAAGUUCAUGGUUGGAUUAAAAAUGUGGUUUUAAAUAGUUUAUUCUUCAAAUUGUAGGAUGGCUAUUCCAUACCGCCCAUGCCCCCUAAUAAGGCCCCUUUCCAAAAUAUCACGCCAUAAGCUUGAAGAUCAUGUUGCCUUAACCAUUUUCAAUUUAUUCAUCCACUGAAGUUUACAAUUUACAGCUCAAUAAUAUAUGGAGUUUAUUAAAUCUUGAAUGUUUGGGUUAAGGUGUGCCUACAUCCUAGUGGACAUCAUACUUUAUGGCUAUGAAAUUUUUAUUUUACUUUAUUAAUUAAUAUAAAAAAUAUUUAUACAUUAAUAUAAUCAUAGUGAUUCUUACCACACAAAAAAAAUUAAAAUUAGGCAUAACUUAGGAAUUGACAAAGUGUGACUGAAAGGUGGGAGCCAAUGAAGGACAAUUUCACGCUUUUCGAGGGCAAAGAUUUUUUAAUGUUGUAUUAUUCUGUAAUGUACUGUAUCUGUAAUUCUGUAAUCAUGUCAUGAAGAAACACAGUUUCAACAAAAAAAGAAGGCAAACAUUUUCAUCUAAGAAGAACUACCAUGAAGCAUAUGGACUACAAAUAUACAUAAUAUUUCUGUGAAAAUAAGUUGAAAGUCAAAAAUAUUAUUAAGUGUAGCAAAAUAAACUGAUGCAGAUUAAGGUCAACUCCAAACAAUUUUUGUGCAGUGUUAAAAUAAUGAGAAAUGAUUUCCAUGAACAACACUCACUGAAAAUAAAAGGUGUUUUAUC